AUGUCCCACUUUCCAGUACUUCGAAGAAAGCGUGCUAUCACUGAGUACACAAGGUGGCGUGCCAAUCCAGAAAAAAAGCAGGAAUUUAUCGUUAAAAUUUUAGAGGAUGACAUAAUUUCUACUUCUGAAACAAAACAAAAUAUAGCAGCUAUAAAUAUGCAACCUAUUACGAAGGCGCACGAGAAGAUUAUUGUUAGAGGGGUGCAGGUUACAAACAAGGACUCCGCUUUUGAGAGCAUGUUAAAAGAUUAUACACGUUUCGUACCCCCAACAACUUUGUCGAUAGCACGUGUAGCAGAUAGCCUAAUAACUGAAGAAAUAUCACCUGUACGACCAAAAAGCAUAUCGAAAGAAAAAUUAACGAAUAUUGAUGAAAUGGCAAAUCGCCCUAAAGGCAAUGGAAUCAAAUACGGCCACGAUCGAAAUUUAGAGCAUGAUAAUUAUGGCCCUCCGAUGUCCAGACAGUAUGCUCCUAUAACACCUGUGUCUUUCACACAGCGUAAAACGCCACAUCUCAUCGACCCAUUUAUGUUGGUUAAAACACCAACACGUACCACUCCGUUUUUGGAUUUAUCACCUUCAAGAACAUCUGAGCAUGUAAACUUUAAAAAAAAAUCUGCUUCACGUAGUACUUUAACAUCAAUAAUACGAACUUCAAUAAUGGAUAGUAUGAAAUCUGAUGAAAAAAUAUUAAGAAAAAGUAAUUUAGAUAUAAAAUUAAGUUCCAAUAGAAAUAUUGGUAAAGAAGCAUGUACAACUUACAAUGAUUUGUUUUAUAAUGAUGAUGACAGUUACGAAAAGACUACAAGAAAAAGGCAGCAAAGUUUUAUAGAUAAUAAUGAAUUGGAUAGCGGGUUAAAUUCAACGGAAAAUGAAAUUGAAAUUGAAUCCGAAAAGGAUAAGAAAAUACAAUCAUUUGACAUAAAUGAUGAAGAUGACGACUAUGAUGGCACUAAAGAUAACCAUGCAAAUGAAAAUGAUAGCGCAACCAUUACUACGGGAAAAAAGUUUAAAACAAUUGAAAAUGAACAUUACAAAAAGAAAUUAGUUUGUACCGUCUUGAAAUUAAGGCCACUGUCCUUUAGUUCUCCGCUAACUUUACACGAGAUUGUAGCUCAGUUAAAACAAUGGGCAGAAGAGAGCCCAGUAGCAAAAUGGUUAGACAUAACUAAAGGCAAUUACACAAUAAUGGAGAAUCCAAUAUAUAUGAUUCUAGUUGACGACCUCAGUAGCGGCCAAAUAGUUUCCGCUAAAAAAACUGUCAUGAUUGUUGCAGGAAUUCAAGGUAGAGAUCAUCAUGCAGUCACAGCGGCGAUGUAUGUUUUGUACCAAUUAAUAGAACGAAGUGAGGCGCACGCAGAUCUGCUCAGUAAAUUUCGUUUCUGGAUCAUCCCUGUCUUCAAUCCUGAUGGAUAUGAUUAUUCUAUGACUUUUCCACAUCGACGGCAAUGGACGAAAAAUCUGCGUCAGUCAUGGGACAGCUGUAAAGGGCGAGAUUCGUGUGCAGCUUGCGAGGAGUUCGGCAUUAGGUGCACUAUCCAGCCGUGCUAUGGUGUAAAUCUGGAUCGCAACUUCGAAUACCAAUGGAUACCAACUGAGGAGCUGCGGAUGGAAUAUCCAUGCGGCAACUUAUACGCGGGCCAACGCCAGUUGAGCGAGGCGGAAACCUUGGCCCUCACACACUUCCUCCACGAGCAGCGGACACCGUUGUACGCCUUCAUUGCAUUCAAGGAGGGCGAUGUGCUUGGCGUCAUGUAUCCAUACUCACACACUAGAAAAAAACGUGCCUUUGAUCACGUAUAUAGACAGCGCGCAUCACAAGCUGCUUCAGCCGCCUUCAGUAUUAGUGGGCGGCCAUAUGUCGCUGGACAAACGUCGGAAUUUCUGCCACUAUACGCCGGCGGUAUAGAAGACUGGGUGGAUGGACAUCUGGGAAUAGACAAUACCUACACGGUCAUGAUGUUUCGUCCCACCGAUGCGCAAAACUCAAAACUUGUAACAGAGCGUGUUGUCCAUGAAGCGUAUGCAGCUAUGGACACAUUACUUCUACAAAGCGUUCAGGCGCCAAUAUUGGGACCACCGGUGAUCACAUUAACAAGAGCAAGCGGAUUGCGGUUGAUUCCACCCUCAACGGCAUUCAUUUUAUCAUUACUAUUAAUAAUUCUUGGAUACGGCUAGACAAGUGAAUGCUAAAUAUCUUAAAUUUGCUCACUUAGAACUAAGAGUUCGUUAAAAUAGCACUUAUGGCACGGGCAUGUAAUUAACGUACCAGAUUACCCCACACAACGCCACGAGUGUUGAGCCAUAUCAAGUUGAAAUUAAUUGUAAUGCAAAACAAAUUACCGCGUUUUGGUAAUGAUUAUGAGAGCAAAAUUUGAUUUGAUUCGCCACGCGUGACUUUCCGUAUACCUAUAGGAGUUUAGACAGCGUUUUUCC